AUCACCCAACCACACAGGCGUGUUCAACAUGGCGCUGGACGACGACCGCCAGCAUACGCACUGCAUACCAAUGCGCAGCAUGCGCUGGCAUGUCCGACUGUGGCCCACACGAAGUCAGCGCAGCAACUCACGCUACGGCGGCAGCAGCCAUAUCAUCGUCACCCUCCACGAACGCGCUCGCGCCCAUCUGCCGGCUGCGACGCAGCAAGUUCGACAAGGCCCGGGUCGACACCAUAUACCAGAACCUCUAAUUCACUGCGCCGCUGCUCAAGUACUCAUCCAAGGCCAGGCUGCACUCGUCUCCGCGCCCGAUCACAAGCCACUCCCGAACUCGCCGCCGCCGGACUCGACCUACCACCAGCACGGCGGGAUGAUCGUCCGCCUCGAGGGGCUGGACGCCCUCAUCUGCUUCACGUACGCGUCCUGGGCGCGCGACAUGCUCCGCAAGGGCUGCGACCGCAAGGCAUGGGAAGGCGUGCUCGGCGUCAUGGGCUGGUGGACGAGCCGGUGAGCGCCGUCCGACUCGGCAGGCGAGCGCGAGCGUGCGCUGCUCGGCGUCAUAUACAUGCUACAAGGCUCCAUCAUGGGCCGGAUGGUUACCUUUGCGAACCAGUACACCCUCAUGCCCGAGCUCAACAAGCUCAAGACGCGGCGGGAGCAGCUCGCUGCAGAGGCUGCCGCGCUCGCGGCGCAGUCGCUGCCCUUCGGGACCAACGCCUCCACGCCGCCGAUGCUGCCCUCGCCCGCGGGCACGAACAGUGCCAAUUCGACGCCGAACGUGAAGCCCCAGCAGCACAGGGCCCGGAACCUCGAGCUCAGGCUCGAGUCUCGCCGCGCCCGGUAGUGCGAAAGAACCCCACCUCGCGGCGUCGAUCGCGGCCGCGCACCUACAGGCGGCGCCACCGGCCACCAAUCCGGUCGACGUCCCGGUUCCCGUCCAGGCGUCCUUCUUGAGCACGCUCCGUGAGCACGCGGACCAGGACCAGCGCGCGCGCGAAUGCCUGAUGAAGGCGCAGUGCUCACGCUCCCGACGCUCCUUCAGCACUUCCCGAAGACGUUCUCGCGCGUGGUGCAUACCACGCUCUCCGCUGCGGACGAGCACGAGCCGGACAUCGAUGACGACGAUGGCGAGCUUUACUGGCCCGGGCAGGCGAUCACCGGCGAGGGAUUGGCUGGGUGUGUCUCAUGGGCAAGGUGAUGUCGUGCCAAGCUAGCGUUGCGCUGAACGAUGACCGCCGGCGUAGGGACCAUGUGUCGACGUGCAACGACGAGCGCGCAUCAGACUGCACCCCCAACCGGAGUCAGCACGGUCACGGUCGAUAUCGCUCGCAGUGCCCGCCGCCGGCUCACUCGAACAUCGCCGACACACCAGCAAAUCAGGCGAAGCCGGCGUCGCACCAAACGACGACCGCCGGUGGGGUCAGCACGGGCGCGCGGUCGUUAUCGCUCGCAGUGCUCGCCGCCGGCUCACUCGAACAUCGCCGACACACCAGAAAAUCACGCGAAGCCGGCGUCGCGCCGAACGACGACCGCCGGCGUAGGCACCGUGUGCCAACGCGCAAGUGCGCCUGGCACGUCCGGCUGCCGCCCGCACAAAAUCAUCGCAGGCACAGCCGAUGACACUGGCCUAUGUUACUAGAUAGUUUUCGUAUGUUGAAUAGAAGCUUUACAUCGUAAAUAUCAAGACAAUAAACUAAUCUUUU